AUGCCAUCAGAACACCCAAAUGUUUUCUUUCAUUCUUUUCAUCUUCUUCUUUCGACUCUACUUAUUAUUUUCUUUGUCUUCACCUUUCUAAUUCCCCCCCCCGAUUUUAACUCCAUUUUUUGUUUAAUUCUCCCACCUUACGCAUUUUUUCCUCUAUUUUUUUUCCAUAACCCAUUCCUGCUUCUGUCUUUCAUCAUUCUGCUUUUUUCCUUCCUUCAUUCACUCCUUCUUUUAUCUCUUUCCCUGGUUUUGAACUUUCAUCUUUCCUCGUUUUCUCUUUUCUUCUCCAACCAUAUUCAUUCUUUUUCCUUUCUUUUCAUUCCUUUUUUCCGCUUUUGCCUUUCCUUUCACCAUUCUUAUUUUUUCCUUCAUUUCCUUUAUUUAUUUAUUUCAUUUUCAAUCUUCGUCAUUUCUCGUUAUUUCUUUUUUUGCCCAUUAUUAUCAUUAUUUCGCUUUCUUUCCGCUCCCAUCUCCUGCUUCUGCUUUUUUAAAGCAUACUUCUUUUCUUCUUCCUUUUCUCCAUCCUUCCUUUCUUCCUUUCUUUAUUUCUUCCCAGAUUCUGAAUAUUUGUCUUACCUCGUUUUCUCUUUUCUUCUCCAUCUUUAUUCAGUCUUUCCCCUUCUUUCCGUUCUCCUUUCCUGCUUCUACCUUUUCUUUCACCAUUCUUCUUUUCUCCUUCUUUUUAACUUCUUUCCUUCCUUCUUUCCUUCCUUUGUUUAUUUCUUUCCCAAAUUCUUUUGCUUUUUCUUUCGCUAUUCUCCUUCCUUCCUUCCUUCCUUCCUUCCUUCGUUUAUUUCUUUCCCAAAUUUUGAAUCUCUUUCUUCCUCCAUUUUCUGUUUUCUUCCUCACCCCAUCUUUAUUCUUUCAUUUUCUCUUUCCCUUGCCAGAUUUUGCUUUUUCUUUCGCCAUUCUCCUUCCUUCCUUCCUUCCUUCCUUCCUUCCUUCCUUCCUUCCUUCCUUUCUAUUUCUGUCUCCGUUAUCCAUUUUCUGUUUUCAUCAGCCACCUUCUUCAUUCUUUCUUCUUUUUCCCCUCCCCUUCUCUCUUUUCUUUCAUUCUUCUCCUUCGUCGUCGUCGGCAUCUUCUUCUUCUUCUUCUUCUUCUUCUUCUUCUUCUUCUUCUUCUUCUUUUACUUCCUCUUCUAUCCAUCCACUUAUUGUUUAAAAUCCAUUAUUUUCCGUGGCUAA